GCGGAAGUGUGGCGGGGGCGGUGUGUGGCGGCGGGCCGCGACGGGCCGGGCCCUGUCGCGCCGUGUCGCGCCCUGUCGCGGUGUCGCUCUGUCACCUCUGGGCGCGGCAGAUGAGGGCUGGCGGCCAUGCCGUGCACCUGCGGCAACUGGCGGCGCUGGAUCCGGCCGCUGGUGGUGCUGCUGUACAUCGUGGGGCUGCUGGUGGUGGUGCCGCUCUGCGUCUGGGAGCUGCAGAAGCUGGAGGUUGGCAUCCACACCAAGGCAUGGUUUAUCGCCGGGAUAUUUCUCCUUAUGACCAUACCCAUAUCUCUCUGGGGAAUACUGCAACACCUCGUCCAUUACACUCAGCCUGAGCUGCAGAAACCAAUAAUAAGGAUUCUGUGGAUGGUGCCGAUUUACAGUUUAGACAGUUGGAUAGCUUUGAAAUACCCCAACAUUGCAAUUUAUGUGGAUACAUGUCGAGAAUGCUAUGAAGCUUAUGUCAUCUAUAAUUUUAUGGUUUUUCUUUCAAAUUACCUAACCAACCGAUAUCCAAACCUUGUAUUAAUAAUAGAAGCGAAAGAUCAGCAGAGACAUCUGCCUCCCCUGUGUUGUUGUCCGUCGUGGGCUAUGGGAGAAGUUUUAUUAUUUAGAUGUAAACUGGGUGUUUUGCAGUACACUGUUGUCAGACCAUUUACCACCAUUAUUGCUUUAAUUUGUGAGCUAGUGGACGUGUACGACGAAGGAAACUUCAGCUUCAACAAUGCUUGGACUUACUUGGUUAUACUUAACAACAUGUCACAGCUAUUUGCUAUGUACUGUCUGGUGCUGUUUUAUAAAGUACUACGUGAAGAACUGAACCCCAUCCAACCUGUUGGCAAGUUCCUUUGUGUGAAGAUGGUAGUUUUUGUUUCUUUCUGGCAAGCUGUGCUUAUUGCACUGCUGGUGAAAGUUGGUGUUAUUUCUGAGAAACGUACCUGGGAAUGGCAAAGUGUGGAAGCUGUGGCUACAGGCCUACAGGAUUUUAUCAUUUGUGUUGAGAUGUUCCUGGCUGCUAUUGCACAUCACUACAGUUUCUCCUAUAAACCUUACGUUCAAGAAGCUGAAGAAGGGUCAUGCUUCGACUCUUUCCUUGCAAUGUGGGAUAUUUCUGAUAUAAGGGCAGAUAUAUCAGAACAGGUUCGAAAUGUUGGAAGGACGGUUCUGGGCCAACCAAGAAAAAUAUUUUUUGCUGAGGAUCAUGAACAAAACGAGCAUACAAGUUUACUGUCUUCAUCUACUCAAGACCCUAUUUCUGAUGCUUCUUCAAUGCCAUCUUCACCCAUGGGUCAUUACCAGGGGUUUGGACACACUGUGACACCUCUCACAACACCAACAACAGUCCCUGCAGUUGAUGGUAUUUAUAAUGCUCCUGCUAUUCGAGACACUAAGGAGUCACCUGAACUAGACCGCAACUUAUUAGAGAAAGCUUCGGAUAGAAGUUAGACUCGCCUUUUCUUUGAAUGCGUCAACGAGUGUGUUGUGUACUUGCCACAUACCUUCUGUUAACCUACGCUAUUAGCGAUGGAAGUCGAGUAGCUUGGAACAGCCACUGCACAGACAGGAAGAGGAUAUGGUGGUAACUGACAUCUUAAUUCUGAGUCUAUAAUGGAUGUAUCUGACUACCCUGUGAACAUAAAACAUGCAUACUGUAAAAAUUUCUGAAGAAACCUAAGAAUCAACUCUUUAAACUGUUAAAUGUUUAUAUAUCUGUUACACGGUAUGGCAAAACUACACUGACUUCUAUUAAUACGAAAGAAACUUGAAAAAUACUAUGCUCUUCUAAAUGUGAAUGGUAAAUACCACUACUAGGGGAAAUGUUAAUUUCAAGAAUGUAAUUUAAGGAGGUCAGUAGCAAAGACUCCUUAUAUUGGUUUUGGUUGUCCUAUUAAUGAUCGGACAAGGCUGAAUGGUUUGUGGAUGACAUGGCAAGUUCUGUGUACAUGCCAUCUUCUUCCCUUUCCUGCAUAGCUAAAUAAAAUUCUUUCAUGAAGGUAAUUAGAGAGCAUCUGUAAAGAAUCUAUAUAUAUAUAAAAAAAAACAUUCCCCCCACAACCUUCCAUGCCCAGAACAUACAGUUGGCGUAUCUCUUGUUCUUCUAGCUUGUAAUUUGUUAGUCUUUUACAUUCAGAAUAGACAACCAGGAAGAUAGGUUUUGAAUUAAUAACUUACACUUGACUGCUUUUUUCCAAUCCUUCCAAAAUGGUUACUACCAUAAAAUAUCCAGGUGGGGAGGGGAAAAUAAAGGAUGUCAAAAAUGAAACUGAAAACAAAACUUCUUUAUUUUUGGCUGCAAUAAAAUCUUUAACACUUAAAUUUUUUUAAGCUGUUAAAACUUAAGAUCUUAAUGUAUCUGUAGUAAGUUGUAUUCAUGAAUUUGUGUCUGUGAUUACUGUACUAUGCUUCUAGUAUAGCCUGUUCAAAUGUAGUAACUGAUUGUGUGCCCCCUCAGAAGAGAUCUUUACUAAGGUAAAAUUAAGUAGCUAGUUAAAUCUGGAGUUACUGGAUCAUUAAAUUUUAGACCAAGGAAAAAAACACUUUUAUCAAAACAUUGUAACAUUUUACAAACUGAGAAAAGCAGGUUUUUUUAUCCCAUUACCAGGUUUUUAUUACUAUUGCAUGCUUGCAAUCUGACAAACCUAGAGCAUUGACAUUAAGUGACAUCUGAAGAUUCUUUUUCAGCAUUGUAAGCAUUUACUGGAUAAAUGCUUAACUUCUGGCUGUCACAGUGAGUUAAUCUUAAGUGCUUAUUUUGCAGUACUAGUGUGAUGUAAAUAUUGCGCCUUACUCACUAGGCUGCGCAUUUUAUAGGUGACUGUACUUGCUGUAUCUGAAGCUAGUGGGAACGUGCAAAUCAUACUUUUCAAUUGCCAAGUCAUUGCCUUUGUUGUAAAUAAGUAAUUAAAGAUUUUAUUUAAACUGUU